CAUGAUGACGCUCUAUUCACUGCCUGCCUCUAGAUCUAUCACUCACUCCACCCUCCGAACCUCUCUUUUCUGUGUAGAAACCAAGAAAAACCACACACAUUCAAGGUGUCUCUGCGCGUUUCCGCAACUUCUUGUUAGCUAAUCUAUCCAUUUCCCCACCACCGAAGAAGAAGAAGCCAAUGGGAGAGGAAGAGAAGAAGCCCGAGGAGAAGAAACCGGAGGAAGCCAAGAACGCGGCGGAGGAGAAGAAAGAAGAGGCUGAGAAGCCGGCCGAGGAUGCCAAAAAGGAGGAGGAGAAGAAAUCUGAGGAGUCCAAGGCGGAGGAGCAGCCUCCUCCGCCUCCGCCUCCGCCGCAAGAAAUCGUUCUGAAAGUUUACAUGCAUUGUGAGGGGUGUGCUAGGAAAGUCCGCCGCUGCCUCAAAGGCUUUGAAGGUGUAGCGGAUGUGAUAACAGAUUGCAGAACAAGCAAAGUGGUGGUGAAAGGUGAAAAAGCAGAUCCACUCAAGGUUCUGGGCAGGGUUCAGAGGAAGAGCCACCGCCAGGUUGAGCUUAUCUCCCCAAUCCCAAAGCCCCCCGCUGAGGAGCCCAAGAAAGAAGAAAAAGAGGAGCCCAAAGCUGAAGAGAAACAAGAGGAGCCUCCUGUGAUUACAGUGGUGUUGGGAGUGUACAUGCAUUGUGAAGCUUGUGCUCAAGAAAUCAAAAAGCGGAUUCAGAGAAUGAAAGGAGUUGAGAGUGCUGAGCCAGACCUCAAAAGCUCACAAGUGACAGUAAAAGGCGUAUUCGAACCGGAAAAGCUCACCGACUACGUCUACAAGCGAACAGGGAAACAUGCGAUGAUCGUUAAGGUGGAGCCGGAGAAGAAGGAGGAGAAGAAAGAGGAGGAGAAAGCGACGGAAGCGAAAGAGGAGAAGAAACCGGAGGAAGCAGAGAAGGAGGCCAAGAAAGGUGAAGAAGCCGGCAAAGAAAACAAGGAAGGAGGUGAUGCUGCUGCAGCCGCAACUGGCGGUGGAGAGCAGCCGGUGAAACCGGAGAGCGAGACUGCUGCAGCCGAGGACCCUAAGCUGGAACUGAAGAAGAAUGAAUUCUACUACUACUACCCACAGAACUACCAGGUUCAUCCUCAAAGGUUUGUGCAAGAAUACUAUGCAUAUCCUCCACAGAUCUUUAGUGAUGAGAAUCCAAAUGCAUGCAGUGUUAUGUAAAUGUUGAGGAAGGUGGAGGGUAGAAUGGGGAUUUUAGGGGGGCACAUGGGUAACUGUCCCAUGAUCCCCUCUCACUGUUGACAUGUUGUGGUGCUCUUCAUGUGGCCCUGUCUUGAGGGUGUUCUCUUCAUAUUAUAAAUCUACAGUUUGGGGAGCUGUAGAAUUUUGUGAGCCCUUUGUACUUGAUUUUUGGCUUCUUUCUUUUAUUAUAAUCUUUGUUACAUACCAUCAAUAAAUACUAUAAUGUACUAACAUAUGGUGUAUAUAUUUUUUAGUUGUGGUAUGGUACUUGUGAGCUUUUUGUCUGUGUU